AUGGAACAAAUCGCUGAAAAGGUUCUCGAGGGAGUCUUCGCUGUGACCAAACCCGCCCACGUCUCAUCUGCAGAUGUACUCGAAAAACUGCAGGCUACCUUUGCUCCGUCCCAACUCUUCGCACCACUUCUUAACCACCAACCCAAACGACCUAGCAAAGAUGACCACCAAGUCUUCAAGCUGGGUCACGGCGGAACGCUGGACCCGCUGGCUGCCGGCGUCCUGAUCGUGGGAAUUGGUAGAGGCACAAAGCACCUCCAGCAAUAUCUAGCUUGCAGCAAGACCUACGAGACAGUGGUCAUAUUUGGCGCAAGCACUGACACUUAUGACUGCACUGGAGUCACCACUGAGCUAGCGGAGUACAGUCAUGUUUCGAAAGAGAUGGUCGAGGAGAAACUAGCACAAUUCCGAGGGACGAUCCAACAACAGCCGCCUGUGUAUUCUGCGUUGAAGAUCAAUGGUAUCAAGGCAUGUGAGUACGUGCGCCAGGGGAAAGAGCUACCACGGGAAUUGGAAAGUAGGGAGAUGCAAGUUGAUGAGUGUACACUCUUGGAAUGGAACGAAGCUGGGCAGCAUAAUAUCGCCUGGCCCGGCGAGAACUCGCCUGCUCCAGCGCCCGCAGCGCGCAUCAGACUCACCGUAUCCUCCGGUUUCUACGUGCGCAGCUUCGCGCACGACCUCGGUCUUGCUUGCCAGUCGCGGUCUCACAUGUCAUCGUUACUUCGCACUCGACAAGCAACCUUUACGAUCCAGAAGCCACCCGAGUCACUGGAUCUCAUAUCUGCAAUUAGUUACACUGAUCUUGAAGCGGGCGAAGAUGUGUGGGGAGGCAGACUUAGACCACAGCUUGAGAGAUGGGUUGAGGCGAAUCCGUUGAGAGAUGGUCAUAUUAAUGGUAGAGAUGAACAUACGAAAACGAGAAUGGCUAAAGAGCGGGCCGAGAGACCAAGGCAAAGAUUUCGAGGGGAAUGGAUGGCUGAAGAGAAGAAGGAGAGGAUCAAGCAGCAAGGGGGUAAGUUUAAGGGGAAAUGGAGUCGGAAGCCAGUAGAUGUGUUGCCUUCAAGUCACACACCUAGUGGAGACCCAAAACCGGUGGAUUGA